AAAAAAAUUAUCAUGUGGAGUAAAUCAAAAUCAUUUCAAAUUCUUAACAAUGAAGAGCAAUUAACAUACAGAGAAAAACUAACGCUGGGAAACGGAUCGGUCUUGCCAGAUCCAUUUUCUAUUAAUGACUGGCAAAACAAUAUGAUACUGCUUCCUAAUAUAUCACUUGGUGAUAUACAACUCUACUUUAUUGAUGCACCUAAUCCAUUCACCAGAGAGAAUAUAAGAGCAUGUACUGCCAAGUCAGCGGACAAAGACAAAGGCACAAGCAAUACAGCAUUUGGGUUGCACUGCAUAAAAAAGGCUGAAUUUUGAUCGGUGAUUGCUCCUGUAAGGCCGGACUUGGAUUAGCCUGCAGCCAUUUUGCUGCUAUAUUGUUUAAAGUACAAGCUUGUGUUCAACUCGAACUAAACGAAGAAAAAGCAUGCACAAUUAAACUGUGCGAUUGGAACAAAUCAAGAACUAAGGCUGAACUAGUCCCAUUGAAGCAUAGGAACCUCAAGUGACCAAAGUAUAAUGCAAAAAUACCAUGUAUAAAGCCUUCUGUCAAUUACAUGCUUAAAGGAUUCACAACCAAGGAAUAAUGCAGCGGAUGCUCAAAUUGAUAUGCUUAAUUCCUCUCUUCAGUUUGGCUGUAGAAUCUCAGGAUAUUACAAGUUUUCGUAUUGUUUCUCCAAUAUAUAAAACAAGAGUGGAUGUAGCAUGGGAUGCUGUUCCGAAUGCCACAAGUUACAAAGUAACAGGUUUAUCAAAAAUGGGUCUUAUUCAACAAUACAGUUCAAGUAACAAAAUAACACUUUCUGUUUUGCCUGGAGCCAGUUACUUACUAACGUGUAUGGUUUAUCAAUUUAACAACAUGAUUACUACUUUAACAGUAAAAACAAAGAACACAUUAAGUGUUACAACAAAUUCAAAUAUCUUUCCAGAUGUAACCAAUCUUGUUUUGUUACCUUCAAGCACAAGCCUCAGAAUCUCUUGGGAUACAUUUUCAAAUGCUACUUUGUACACAGUUGUUUACACUAAAAGUGAUAUUUCUGAUGAAAGAACAUUACAAACUAACCAAACUUUUGCAAACAUAGUUGACUUAAAGAGUAUGACCAGUUACUCUGUCAUGGUUUUAGUCUCUUCGAUAAAUAAUAUUCAACCAAACUAUGCUGCACAAAGCAGUUGGUAUAAUUUUUAUACAACUGAUGAACCUCCGGAAAUUACAAAUUUUCGUGUUAUUUCACCAAUAUAUAAAACUAGAGUGGAUGUAGCAUGGGAUGCAGUUCCAAAUGCCACAAGUUACAUAAUAACAGCUCAUUCAAAAACAGCUUUUAUUCAACAAUACAGUUCAAAUAACAAAACAACACUUUCUCUUUUGCCUGGAAACACUUAUGUACUAACUUGUAUGGUUUAUCAGUUUAACAACAUGAAUACGACAUUAACAGUAAAAACAAAAUAUGGAUUAAAUGUUACAACGAAUUCAGAUAUCUUUCCUGAUGUCACCAAUCUUAUUUUAUUACCUACAAGUACAAGCCUCAGAAUCUCUUGGGAUACAUUUUUAAAUGCUACUUUGUAUACAGUUGUUUAUACUGGAGGUGAUAUUUCUGAUGAAAUGACAUUACAAACUAUUCAAACGUUUGAAAACAUAGUUGGCCUAAAGAGUAUGACCAGUUACUCCGUCAUGGUUUUAGUCUCUUCGAUAAAUAAUAUACAACCAAACUAUGCUGCACAAAGCAGUUGGUAUAGUUUUACUACAACUAAUGAACUUCAGGAGAUUACAAAUUUUCGUGUUGUUUCACCAAUAUAUAAAACUACAGUGGAUGUAGCAUGGGAUGCAGUUCCUAAUGCCACAAGUUACAUAAUAACAGCUCAUUCAAAAACAGCUUUUAUUCAACAAUACAGUUUAAGUAACAAAACUACACUUUCUCUUUUGCCUGGAGACACUUAUGUACUAACUUGUAUGGUUUAUCAGUUCAACAACAUGAAUACGACAUUAACAGUAAAAACAAAAUACGGAUUAAAUGUCACAACGAAUUCAGAAAGUCAACCAAGUAAAGCCACGCAACUAGAGCAAAUAACUAUCGCUGGAUUAAUUAUAUUUAUUUUUACUUUAUAUUUUGUGUAAAUAAAAUGAGAUAAAUGA